AAACAAAUAAAGUUCCGCGCUGCAUUUGACAAGUUCGCCUGUAGUUGGAUUAACUAUAAUACACAAAUCAGUGUAGUAGAGUUAGAAAUGCUAAAUAAAUAUAUUAUUUUUAGGAAGAGAUGAUCAAUAUUAUGAAAAUUAUUUAUCUAUUGUAAAAGUACAAAAAAAUUUAAUAUGGAAUCGGGAAGUAUUAGGCCAAUAGAUCGAACUAGUGUUCAUAAAAUUUGUUCUGGACAGGUUGUUUUAACCCUAGCUGUUGCAGUAAAAGAAUUGGUGGAAAACAGUAUUGAUGCUGGUGCUACAACAAUAGAAGUGAAAUUAGAAGACUGUGGUCGUAAAUUAGUUGAAGUUAGUGAUAAUGGCAAAGGUGUUAAAGCUUGUGAUUUUCAAAAUUUAACUCUUAAGCAUCAUACUUCCAAAAUAGCUGAUUUCUCAGAUGUACCAUUUGUUUCAACAUUUGGAUUUCGGGGAGAAGCUUUAAGCUCCCUCUGUGCUCUCAGUGAUCUUGAAGUAACCACUCGUGAUGCUGACUCAGAAGUUGGAACUACUUUAACUUUUGAUCAUAAUGGUAUUUUGAUUAAAAGUGUCCCAACACAUCGGCAGGUGGGAACGACUGUUACACUAAAAAACAUUUUUACUACUUUUCCUGUUCGUCACAAAGAAUUUCUACGUCAUCUUCGCAAAGAAUAUUUGAAAAUGAUCCAGCUUUUAACUGCAUAUUGCCUUAUUAGUAUUAAUAAGAGAAUUACUUGCUGUAAUACUUCUGAAAAUGGAAGGAAGUCUGUAGUUUUAUCCACAAAUAAUUGUCCAAGUUUAAAAGAUAACAUAGUUUCCAUAUUUGGUGAUAAACAGACGAAGCAGUUAAUGGAAAUAGUUCAACAUUCACCUUCUAAAGAAAUUUUGGAUGAAUAUUUUCUUCCUGAAUCCUCUGCAGAAAUAAGUAAAACAUUUAGACUUGAAGGAUAUAUUUCAAAUAGCAUUCAUGGAGAAGGAAGAAGUUCUACUGACAGACAGUUCUACUUUAUCAAUGGACGACCAUGUGAUUUACCCAAGGUAUCAAAAUUAAUUAAUGAAGUAUAUCACAUGUUUAACAAAAACCAAUAUCCAUUUGUCUUAUUGAAUAUUAAUUUAAAUGAAGGAUGUGCUGAUGUGAAUGUUACACCUGACAAGCGGCAGAUAUUUAUUCCAGAUGAAAAGGUUUUACUUGCUUUAAUCAAGGCAACUCUGAUUGGAAUGUAUGGUAGACAACCUGCUCAAAUGAAUGCUUCAAUCCUAUCAUUUGUUUCACCUAAGGAAAAAGUCCCUUCUCCAACAAAAUCACCAGAGAAUUCAGACAAACAAGAAUUAACUAGUAACCAAGAUUCUUCUGUGAAAAGGAAGUUUCAAAUUAGUUUUCCAUCUUCAGAUGAUGAAGAAAAUCCACUUCCACCAUUGUUUAAAAGUAAAAAAAGGGAUGAUUCAGCAGAUGUGGGAAAUGAUCCUGAGUGUUUAUCUUUGCAAAACAAUAUUAUGCAAAACUGCUCAUUUACAACUUGUUCAACUAAUUCAACUUUGGUUGAGGUAUCUUCCACAAAACAGUAUGAAUCUAGCACACAAAUUAAGAGACCUGCAAGUAAAAUUGCUGGGAGUAUUUCUAAAUUUGCAAAUAAAAUUUCUGAAAAUGUAAACUUUACUUUGACUUUGCCGCUGAAUGAAGAUAAAAUGUUUAAAUCAAACUCUCCCAAAAAAUCUGGCAGUAGUAAACUCUCUGAAGUUCUUAACAUGGCUAGAUUUCCUUCUAAAUCUUCUAAAAAUAACUGUAACCAAAAUUCUUCACUUUUAAUGAAAGAACCUCCAUUUAAGAAAUAUGACAAAUCAUCGAAUGCUAAACAAUUUUUAAACUAUAUUGAGAAAUUUUCUGCUUCUCAAGGAAUUAAUAAUUCAAAAAAGAGUAAUCAAGAAAUGCUUGUUGAUCAAAAAGAUGUAACUGAGGUAGACAAUGAAGUAAUUUCAAAUGAUGUUGAUACUGAUUACAACGAAAUCUAUUCAAAUAAUGUCAAAGUUGAUAAUAAUAUUAAUUCAUCUGCUGAAAUUAUGGAAUCAUCUUUUGAUGAACCUAUACAAUGUAAAAGAAAUUAUAAAAGCAUUCCAUUUGAUAUGGAAAUGAUCAGACAGAAAUUUGCAAAAGAAAGUGAUCUUGAAAAUAAGAGUAAAGCAUGUGAAUUUAGAAAAUUCCGAUCAAAAAUUCUUCCAACUGAAAAUCAAACUGCUGAGGAAGAACUAAAAAAGGAAAUAAGAAAAGAACAUUUUUCUCAAAUGACAAUAAUCGGACAGUUUAACCUGGGUUUUAUUAUUACAAGGCUUGGGGAUGAUCUCUUCAUCAUUGACCAGCAUGCUACUGAUGAGAAAUAUAAUUUUGAACAGCUUCAGAAAGAAACAGUUCUUGAAACACAACAGUUGCUUCAACCCCAAUCACUCAACUUGACUGCUAUUUCUGAAACCAUUUUAAUAGAUAAUCUGCAUGUCUUUGAAAUGAAUGGCUUCAAAUUUAAAAUCAAUGAAGCAAAUCCAUCUGGGGAUCGAAUUCAAUUAAUAUCAGUUCCUGUGAGCCACAACUGGAGGUUUGGAAAAGAAGAUGUUGAUGAAUUGAUCUUUAUGUUGACAGAUAACCCUGCUCGUAUGGUUCGACCAUCAAGAGUUAAUCAGAUGUUUGCGUCAAGGGCAUGUCGUAAAUCUGUUAUGAUUGGUACUGCUUUGACCAUUCCUUUGAUGAAAAAGCUAGUUACACAUAUGGGAGAAAUCGAACAGCCAUGGAAUUGCCCACAUGGACGGCCUACAAUAAGACAUCUGUUUAACCUUAAUCUAUUGAAAUCCAUGUAAAGACAUGCACAAUCAUUUUUACCUUUUUAUAACAAUUUGUACAUAUGAAGAAUAAAUUAUUUUUUUUAAACA